AAUGAGAGACACAAAAUCACACCACUAAAGAGAUCAAGGAUCGAUAGAUACAUGGAAGGGAUUGUUCAUCGGACGGUCGAGAUCAACGGGAUCGCCCUGCACGUGGCCGAGAAGGGUCCCGUGGAUGGGGCGGGGACGGGGAUACUACUCCUGCACGGGUUCCCGGAGCUCUGGUACUCGUGGCGGCACCAGAUCAUCGGGCUCGCCGCCCGCGGGUACCGGGCCAUCGCGCCCGACCUCCGCGGGUACGGCGACACGUCGGCCCCGCCGUCGGUAAACUCCUACACCCUUUUCCACCUCGUCGGCGAUGUCGUCGCCCUACUUGACGCCCUCGAACUCCCCCAGGUGUUUGUGGUGGGGCACGAUUGGGGUGCUCUAAUUGCGUGGACCCUGUGCAUGAUUAGACCGGACCGAGUGAAGGCGCUGGUGAACACGAGCGUGGCGCACAUGCCUCGCGACCCCUCCGUGAGCCUGGUCCACCAUUUCAAGCGCCUCUACGGGGAUAAUUACUACAUAUGCCGAUUCCAGGAGCCAGGAGUUGCAGAAGCCGAAUUCGCAGAAGUCGGCACGAAGAAUGUCCUGAGAAAGAUCUUGACGAUGCGCAAUCCCCACCGAUCUUCUCUAACCCACAAAGAUUGGGGUUCGACCGGCGAAGAGAUCACAUUACCUUCUUGGCUCUCGGAAGAGGACCUCGACUACUAUGCGAGCAAGUUCGAGAAAACCGGCUUUACCGGCGGGAUGAACUAUUAUAGGUGCCUGAACCUGAACUGGGAGCUGACAGCACCAUGGGCAGGGGCAAAAAUACAAGUGCCAACAAAGUUCAUUGUUGGAGACCUGGAUCUCACAUACCACUACCCAAAUAUACAAGAUUACAUACACAAGGGUGGGUUCAAGAAUGAUGUCCCCUUGCUUGAGGAAGUAGUUGUUUUGGAGGGAGUUGGGCACUUCAUCCAGCAGGAGAGGCCAGAGGAAGUAACUGAUCACAUCUGCAGCUUCAUCAAGAAGUUCCAGUACAUGAAACAAAAAAUUGAGGAUGACUUGAAGAGGAUCCAGCAGGGCGAGCGGACAGUUCAGGAAGAUGAGGCACAUAGGGUCUAUUUGUUCGAGCAGGGUUUGAGACCCGACCUAUUCAGAUCAAAGAGAUCAAGGAUCUAUAGAUACAUGGAAGGGAUUGUUCAUCGGACGGUCGAGAUCAACGGGAUCGCCGUGCACGUCGCCGAGAAGGGCGGCGACGAUGCGGCGGCGGCGGUGCUGCUCCUGCAUGGCUUUCCGGAGCUCUGGUACUCGUGGCGGCACCAGAUCGUCGGGCUCGCCGCCCGCGGCUUCCGGGCCAUCGCGCCGGACCUCCGCGGGUACGGCGACACGUCGGCCCCGCCGUCGGUAAACUCCUACACCCUUUUCCACCUCGUCGGCGAUGUCGUCGCCCUACUCGACGCCCUCGAACUCCCCCAGGAGCCAGGAGUUGCAGAAGCCGAAUUCGCAGAAGUUGGCACGAAGAAUGUCCUCAGAAAGAUCUUGACGAUGCGCGAUCCCCGGCCAUCUUCUCUAACCCACAAAGAUUGGGGUUCAACCGGCGAAGAGAUCGCGUUACCUUCUUGGCUCUCGGAAGAGGACCUCGACUACUACGCGAGCAAGUUCGAGAAAACCGGCUUUACCGGCGGGAUGAACUAUUAUAGGUGCAUGAACCUGAACUGGGAGCUGACAGCACCAUGGGCAGGGGCAAAAAUACAAGUGCCAACAAAGUUCAUUGUUGGAGACCUGGAUCUCACAUACCACUACCCAAACAUACAAGAUUACAUACACAAGGGUGGGUUCAAGAAUGAAGUCCCCUUGCUUGAGGAAGUAGUUGUUUUGGAGGGUGUUGGGCACUUCAUCCAGCAGGAGAGGGCAGAGGAAGUUACUGAUCACAUCUACAACUUCAUCAAGAAGUUCUAGUAGUGCAUAAUUUAGUAGUAGUCCAUUCAAAAGUGCUUCUCCAUCAUGAAUGGGUGAGACUAAUUAGUUUGUGUUCUGCAUAAUCAAACAGCAUUGAUGUGAAGUAUCUGCUGUGUCUUUGAGAGUUCAAUAAAGGCAACUUUGAGAGUUUUACUGUCAAUUUUUUGACUUAAUUUUUUGAAUUAUUGUGAUCAAGUUCCACCGUCA